AUGACAUGGCACGGACCGCCCAGCCACAACCUCCGACUUCUUUGAAGUCCUUUUGUCUACAUUGUGACUCUCUACUGCGCCAUUUGUUUCAUUUCAUAUUCUCUGUUUUCUGCAUAUUCCACACUCCUUUCCUUACCUUCCGAUAAUUCCCUCACCUGCUCCAACAAAGGGUACCCGCCCCUCAACUAUUGGGGUGAUUAAUGCCUCGUGCCCAUCGCAUAGCGCAAACGUGCAGCCAAGAACAUCCCCGGUUCUGAAUUCCCGAUCCCGAUCCCUAUAAAUGGGUAUCUGUGCCUCCUGCCUCGGCGGGAAUCGCCACGAGUCUCCUGAGGUGAGUCCCGAAUCUGGAGAUAGUUUCCAGGUCACCAUGUUCAGCGCGCAUUACCUCGGUCUGAUGCGCGAUGCGUGGGAUGCUUGUCGCAGAGCGCAUUUGUCUAACCUUUCUUUCGUUAAGCCUGAGUCUUCGCGUCUACUCGAAGAGGACCCUUAUCAAGCUGGAUAUGGCUACGGAGCACUCAACCAUGCUCAUCAGGCUAGCCAGCCGGAUUCGGAAUAUGUGAGGCGUGAGAGGGAGGCGCUGGAAUCAAUUUGCCAGCGGACAUCCGACUCCGUCAUCGAUAUCUGGUCCAUCCAACCACAACCACACCUUCGACCCCAAGCAACUCUCCACACCCCUAUCUCCGCAUCUCCCGUUCCAUCACAAAGAACCGACACAACAACACCUGUUACAUCUACCCAGCACACAUCACCGCCAAGCCGUCCCACCUCCGGCGCAUCGGGCACCGUCCCAAAACACUGGGGCGAAGUUGUCGUGAACCCGAAUAAGAAACGGUCUCGUACCGAUAUCAAAACGGAUGCUAAGGCCAGCCAUGAUGUGUUUGGAGUUCUCAACGUCACCUAA